CAAGAUCCUCACUACACCUCAAGACCUACCAUAUUCCGUUCUAGCGGUACUGGAGGGAGUGGAGGAUAAUCAACUGGACAGAGCCAAACGAGUGAGUCAUAACCCCAACAUCCACAUUGCUAUGAUUAAUUGUGUCUUGGAAAAGAGCCUAAUGAGCAACCCUACAAUUUUCAUUUAAAUGCAUGAAUCUCUGAUGCAUUGACAUGGUGUCUAGGUCUUUAAAAUCUUCAUCUGUUUUAUUUUGGUAUUUAUUAUGUUAGCAUUGUGAAGAGGUGAUGGAAAACAAUGUGUGGUGUGUGAAAGCAUUUUGGCUCUGGUCGCAAAUCACGAUUUUAGAUUUCAAAUGUAGAUGUCAGCAAGGCAUUCGUGAGGGUUGGCUGCUUUUCUCCCAACACCCGUUGUUCAUGAAGUAGAACAAGCUAGUACCAGGCUAGGUAAUUAACUUAGGUACAUAUACAUUGGCAGUUAAAAUUCCCGCAGGUACCAUAGGAAAGUACAAUUUCAAUCAGAAGUAUUUCAAACUUGGCACUAUUUAUGGAAAUGUGUGGAAACACAAAAACGCAGCGAAAAGCUUCCAACAAACGCCCAGCGUUCCUCAAAUUAAUCAGGUCGUAUCACAGACGACAGUCCCGCAAAGUACAGCCAGAAACUUGAAUGUUACCAGUAGGCCCUACUGCUACAGCGGUGAGUACAAGCACUUACAGACGGGCCGCGGUAAGCGACAACUGACCCGCGAGAAAAUGCUGCCUACGGUUCACGUGAUGUCUACCACGGCUGAAUUUGCGUUGGUUAUCAUAGUAACAAUAAGGCUCUGGAGAAGCUAGGUUUGGCAUGUCGUCUAAAAAUGACAGAUAUAUGUUUUUGUAAAUUAAAUAGAAAUGAAAGACAACUACAUUAAAUAAUUUUGUUGGCUAUAUAAGCAGAUUAUUUGUAUUUCUCCUGUGUGCAAUACUAUUCUUGUUAUAAUAAUAUUGUUAGUUAUUUGUUGAACAAAAGUUACAAGACUAAACCAGAGAUCGCUAGCCCUUUUGGCAUCACGAUAAGUAAACUAUUAUGUUCAUGAUGGGGACACUGAUUGGCCACACACUGGUGAGAAUUAAACAACAUUGAAGGCGGAUGUUGUAACCUACUUCACGCAUAUCAGUGCUACAGGCAUGUUCCCCUGCCGUCGCUUGCAAAUACGGAAGCACAUUAAAUAUCUGCUUGCUUUGGAGGUGUCAGAGAAAUUGCAAAUUAUCUUGAACAGUGUUAACUCUGCACUAUGUAGUAUGCGUGAGGCCUCGGCUUUGAAUCAGGAUGAUGAACUGGUCGUCCUACCAAAGCAUCUUGAGAUGAUACGGCGUAGCCAGCAGCUUGCUGCUCUCCAGUCAUUGCUGCAGUCCAACCUGGAAAAGGAAGAGGACCUCAGCAAUGUGCUCCAGUGGCUCCAAGACAAGAGCAAGGAGUUGUUGGAGUUAGAGAUGGAUCAGGACAUCCGGGCGGUGGAUGGCAUAACAGAAGAGUGGGUUAAGGAGAAGCAACAGAAGAUCCAGAGGUUCAUGUCAGACAUCCAAGCUUGUGUUACCCGUCUAAAAGAGCUCACUGGAUUUCUCUUUGAUCUCAUAAACAAAAAAACAAAGGAGAGGAAAAAACCUCUAAAAAAAGGAGGUGUGCGGUUUUGGUGGCAGGAGCCAAAUGUUGACGCCAAAACCGCACUAAAGAUCAAGGAGCUUCAGCCGCCUACAACAAACCGUAUUCUGAUUGACCCCAACCGGGCUACCAAGUCUUCCUCUGACCUCUCCUUCAUGGUGGGCAACAUGGCCAAGUCCCUGUCUUGUAAGAAGCCCAUGAGCAUUGCUUUUAAGUUUGUUCAGAAUGGCCUCCAAAACCUGAAUGAGGCUUUUCAGGAGCAAACACGCAACACCCAAAAACUCCAGGCUAAGCUAAAUGAGGUGAAGACUGUAGAUUGCCAUGCCAAAGAGGAGCUGGAAGAGGGCAAGAGGAGGAUUGACCAGCUGGAGGGAGAGAAGUGUAAGCUUCAGGAAGAGAUUGCAGCAUUCAAGUUCCAGAUCCGUAAGCUGCAAAACACAGUCAGGACAGGACAACAAGGUUUGUGUCAGUUUGUGUCGGAAACAAACCCCAGGUCCAUUAAGGAGGACAAUGUCGAAAAGGAAUCGUCUGAAAAGGUAAUACCUCAUUUUGAUGCCCUUACAUCUCUAGAGGUCAACACCAACUCACGUGACGACAACAACAUUUCUGAGGCAGUGGAGAAGAGGACCAACCUCCAUGAUGGUUGCCAUUUAUCUGUGUUGAACAUCCAUGAGAGUGUAGAUGCAAGCGUGUGUGAUCUCUUGAAAGAAGACAAGAAAGCCAAGUCUACAUCCAAGAAAAUACUUGUUGCAGAACAAUCUAACUCUUUGUCUGAGGUUAUGAGCCAGAUAAAACCCAUGAACAACAUGAGCAAGCAGCAGACUUGUAAGUUGCCCGUGGCCCUGGAGAACCUUGGGAGGCUAGAGAAGCUGGUGAAAGGGAGCCCUGCCCAGACAGCCAGGCAGGUACUGACACCCAUACGGAUUAAGACAGCCGACCAGAAGGAGGAUUUGGAGAGGUAUCAGAUGGAUAUUGUGGAAGAGGGCAGGAGGAUAGAGAAAACUGUGAUGGCAGGCGUCACCUUCCAUGUAGACAGUGAGUCUCAGAGGAAAAAUCUGGAAUUACUGAGGCAAGCUGCUAUCGCUGGACAGAUCUCCCCUGAACUUCACUCCAUGACCAAGGACCUGAUUACCUGUAUUCUUGGCGUAGAUGGGAUGAGACUGGCCUGCCUACUCAGCAAAUACAAAGCCUACAGAUCAGUGAACCAAGUGAGAUACAAUCUUGAUAAGCAGUUACUUGCUGCUCGGAAGCUGAAGGAUGGGCGGUCAGUUAAAGAAAUGUACUCCUUCCUGACCAAACUGGAUGUGUACCAGAAAGAGAUGUUGAAACGUUGGAGUUUGAAACAAGCUGCUAUUGAGGAAAGCCGCAAGACCUGCAUUUCUCAUAUGCUUUACCUAUUCAGUGAGAUUAGAAAAGACUGCAACUUGAAUCUAGUCCCUCCAGUACCACGCUCAGACUCCUCCCAUCACUUCCUGACCAUCAAGCCCUGCAAAACAACAGGGUGUCAAAAACCUGACCGUCCAUGCCCGCGCCCUCCAACUCAGACCCCGCCCCUGGUGAUGUCCACCUCAGAGGCCAAACUCAGGCCAGGAGUCAGGAAGCUGUUAAAGUGCCCGCUGCCGAAGUUGUGGGAUUGUAGUCUGACCGCCAACGAUGUUCACGUGGCCAGGAAGAUGACAUCUCCCCCCGUCAAGCUCCCCUCCAUCCCCCUGCUGAUGGAGACUAACAUCAACAGCCAGGUCAACGCUGUGCACUCCCCACAGGGCAGGAUAGGUACGAGAAUGUUGCAGCUUGCUAAGGCUAAGGUGUAGACACAUGAAGAGAUGCCCUGUGGAAGACAUGCAGUAUUUCUGCUUGUUACAUUACCUUCUAAUAAAUGAUAAAUCAAAUCCA